AUGGUGCCGGUGGAGGAGCCCCCUGGGACCACCAAACCUGGGAACACCAAACCUGGGAACACCAGCUCUGGGAACACCAAACCUGGGAACACCAAACCUGGGACCACCAGCCCUGGGAACACCAAACCUGGGAACACCAGCCCUGGGACCACCAAACCUGGGAACACCAAACCUGGGAACACCAGCCCUGGGAACACCAAACCUGGGAACAGCAGCCCUGGGAACACCAGCCCCGGGACCACCAGCCCUGGGAACACCAACCCUGGGACCACCAGCCCUGGGACCACCAAACCUGGGAACACCAAACCUGGGAACACCAAACCUGGGAACACCAGCCCUGAGAACACCAAACCUGGGACCACCAGCUCUGGGAACACCAGCCCCGGGACCACCAGCCCUGGGAACAUCAAACCUGGGACCACCAGCCCUGGGAACACCAGCCCCGGGACCACCAGCCCUAGGAACAUCAAACCUGGGACCACCAGCCCUGGGAACACCAGUCCUGAGGCCACCAGUGACCCACGGACCACCAGCAGUCCUGAGACCUUUUCUACCACACCCGGCACCACCACGACCAUCCCUGAGACCACCAUUCAUGAGGCGACCAGUGAACCAUGGGUGGCCACCACCCUUGAGACCCUUUCCACCAGCCCCGACACCUCCACGAGCAUCUCUGAGACCACCAGUCCUGAGACCACCAGUGACCUACUGACCACCACCCUUCCUGAGACCACCUCUGAGACCACCACUGCCAUCCCUGAUCCCACCAGUGACCCAUGGACCGCCACCACUCUUGAGAGGGUUUCUAACAUCCCUGAGACCACCAGAAGCACCCCUGACACCAGCACCACCAUCUCUGAGACCUCCACCACCAUCUCUGAGACCACCAGUGUGGGGGCCACCAGUGACCCAUGGACCACCACCAGUGACCAAUGGAUCACCACCAGACCUGAGACCAUUUCCACCAUCGCCGACACCACCACGGCCACCCCUGAGACCACCAGCCCUGGGACCACCAGCCCUGGGACCACCAAACCUGGGACCACCAGUGACCAAUGGACUUCCAGCAGUGCUGAGACCAUUUCUACCCCGACUGAGACCACCACGACCAUUCCUGACACCUCCAGUCCUGAGACCACCAGUGACCAAUGGACCUCCACCAACCCUGAGACCAUUUCCACCACCCCCGACACCAUGGCCACCAUCCCUGAGACCUCCAUGACCAUCCCGGAGACCACCAGUGUGGGGGCCACCAGUGACCCAUGGGACACCACCAGUCCUGAGACCAUUUCCACCAUCGCCGACACCACCACGGCCACCCCUGAGACCACCAGUGACCCAUGGACCACCAACAGUGCUGAGACCAUUUCCACCACCAUCCCUGAGACCACCACGACCAUUCCUGACACCUCCAGCCCCGAGACCACCAGUGACCAAUGGGCUUCCACCAGCCUUGAGACCAUUUCUACCACCCCUGAGACCACCACGGCCAUCUCUGAGACCACCAGUCCAGACACCACCAGUGACCAAUGGAUGUCCAGCACUCAUGAGACCAUUUCCACCCCCGCUGAGACCUCCAUGACCAUUCCAGAGACCACUGGUCCUGAGACCACCAGUGACGCAUGGACCACCACCAUCCCUGAGACCAUUUCCACCACCCCUGAGACCACCACGGCCAACUCUGAGACCACCAGUGCGCCAUGGACCACCCCCAGUGACACAUGGACCACCCCCAGUGCCCCAUGGACCUCCCCCAGUGACACAUGGACCUCCCCCAGUGACACAUGGACCUCCCACAGUGACACAUGGACCUCCACCAGUAUUGAGACCAUUUCUACCACCCCUGAGACCACCACCACCUCCCCUGAGAUCUUCACCACCAUCCCUGAGACCACCACGACCAUUCUGGAGACCACCACAACCAACCCUGAGACUUCCAUGACCAUCCCUGAGACCACCAGUCCAGAGACCAACAGUGACCCACGGACUGCCACCACUGACCAAUGGACCACCACCAGUGACCAAUGGAUUUCCACCAGUCUUGAGACCGUUUCCACCAGCCCUGAGACCACCAGUGAUGCAUGGGCCACCACCAGCACCCCUGAGACCAUUUCCACCACCCCUGACACCAGCAGCAACACCGCUGAGACCACCAUCCCGGAGACCACCGGUGUGCGGGCCACCAGUGACCCAUGGGACACCACCAGUCCUGAGACCAUUUCCACCAUCGCCGACACCACCACAACCACCUCUGAAACCACCAGUGACCCAUGGACCACCAACAGUGCUGAGACCAUUUCCACCACCAUCCCUGAGACCACCACGACCAUUCCUGACACCUCCAGCCCCGAGACCACCAGUGACCAAUGGACUUCCACCAGCCUUGAGACCAUUUCUACCACCCCUGAGACCACCACGGCCAUCUCUGAGACCACCAGUCCAGACACCACCAGUGACCAAUGGAUGUCCAGCACUCAUGAGACCAUUUCCACCCCCGCUGAGACCUCCAUGACCAUUCCAGAGACCACCGGUCCUGAGACCACCAGUGACACAUGGACCACCACCAUCCCUGAGACCAUUUCCACCACCCCUGAGACCACCACGGCCAACUCUGAGACCACCAGUGACCCAUGGACCACCCCCAGUGCCCCAUGGACCACCCCCAGUGACACAUGGACCACCACCAGUGACCCAUGGACCACCCCCAGUGCCCCAUGGACCUCCCCCAGUGCCCCAUGGACCUCCCACAGUAACACAUGGACCUCCACCAGUCUUGAGACCAUUUCUACCACCCCUGAGACCACCACCACCUCCCCUGAGAUCUUCACCACCACCCCUGAGACCACCACGACCAUUCUGGAGACCACCACAACCAACCCUGAGACCUCCAUGACCAUCCCUGAGACCACCAGUCCAGAGACCAACAGUGACCCAUGGACCGCCACUACUGACCAAUGGACCACCACCAGUGACCAAUGGAUUUCCACCAGUCUUGAGACCGUUUCCACCAGCCCUGAGACCACCAGUGAUGCAUGGGCCACCACCAACCCUGAGACCAUUUCCACCAUCCCUGACACCAGCAGCAACACCGCUGAGACCACCAUCCCUGAGACCACCAGUGUGGGGGCCACCAGUGACCCAUGGGACACCAGCACUCCUGAGACCAUUUCCACCAUCGCCGACACCACCACGGCCACCCCUGAGACCACCAGUGACCAAUGGAUCACCACGAGUCUGGAGACCAUUUCCACCACCCCUGACACCACCACCACCACCAUCCCUGAGACCACCAUGGCCAUUCCUGAGACCACCAGUGCCCCAUGGACCACCCCCAGUGACACAUGGACCACCCCCAGUGACACAUGGACCUCCACCAGUCUUGAGACCAUUUCCGCCACCCCUGACAUCACCACCACCUCCCCUGAGAUCUUCACCACCAUCCCUGAGGCCACCAGUGCCCCAUGGACCACCACCAACCCUAAAACCAUUUCUGCCACCACCACCAUCCCUGAGACCACCAGUCUAGACUCCACCACUGACCAAUGGAUCACCAGCAGUCUUGAGACAAUCUCCAGCCCCACUGAGACCACCACCAUGCCUGAGACCACCAGAACCACCCCUGAGACCAACAGUCCAGAGCCUACCAGUGACGCAUGGACUUCCACCAGUCUUGAAACCAUUUCUACCACCCCUGAGAUCACCACCACCAUGCCUGAGACCCCCAGGGACUCAUUGGCCACCACCAGUGACCAACAGACCACCACCAUUCCUGAGACCAUUUCCACCACCCCAGACACCACCGCAACCAUUCCUGAGACCACCGGUGACCCAUGGACUUCCACCAGCCUUGAAACCAUUUCCACCACCCCUGAGACCACCACGACCAUCCUUGAGACCACCAGUGCAGAGACCAACAGUAACCCAUGGACCACCACCAGCCUUGAGACAGUUUCUAAGACCCCUGACACCACCACCACCAUCCCAGAGACCACUGGUCCUGAGAUCACCAGUGACUCAUGGACCACCACCAGCCCUGAGACCAUUUCUACCACCACUGACACCACCACGGCCAUCCCUGAGACCACCAGUCCUCAGACCACCAGUGACGCAUUGUCCACCACCAGUGACCAAUGGAUCACCACCAGUCUUGGGACCAUUUCCACCAGCCCUGAGAUCGCCACGACCAUCUCUGGCACCACCAUGACCAUCCCUGAGACCACCAGUGACCCAUGGACUUCCACCAGUCUUGAGACUGUUUCUACCACCCCUGAGACCACCAGUCUAGAGUCCACCAGUGACCAAUGGACCACCACCAGUGCUGAGACCAUUUCCACCAUCCCUGACACCACCACGGCCCCCCCUGAGAUCACCAGUCCUGAGACCACCAGUAACACAUGGACAAUGACCAGCGACCAAUGGAUUUCCACCAGUCCUGAGACCACCACCACCAUCCCUGAGACCACCGGUCUGGAGGCCACCAGUGACCCAUGGGACACCAGCAGUCUUGAGACCAUUUCCACCAUCCCUGAGACCACCACAACCAUCUCUGGGACCACCACUCCUGAGACCACCAAUGACCAAUGGACAACCUUCCCUGAGACCAUCACUCAACAGACCACCAGUGACGCAUGGGCCACCACCAGCGACCAAUGGAUCUCCACCAGUCCUGAAACCAUUUCCACCAUCCCUGAGACCACCACCACCACCCUUGAGAGCAUUUUCACCUCCUCUGAGAACACCACGGCCAUCUCUGAGACCACCGGUGACCAAUGGACCUCCACCAGUCUAGAAACCAUUUCCACCACCCCUGAGACCACCACAGCCAUCCCUGAGACCACCAGUGAUGCAUGGGCCACCACCAGCCUUGAGAUCAUUUCCACCCCCCCUGACACCACCAUGACCAUCCCUGAGACCUCCAUGACCACCCCUCAGACCACCAGUCCUCUGGCCACCAGUGAUUCUUGGACCACCACCAGCGACCAAUGGAUCACCACCAGUCUUGGGACCACUUCCACCAUCCCUGAGACCGCCACAACCAUCUCUGAGACCACCAGUCCUGAGACCACCAGUGAUUCUUGGAUCACCACCAGUCUUGGGACCAUUUCCACCAGCCCUGAGACCACCACCACCAUCCCUGGCACCACCAUGACCAUCUCUGAGACCACCAGUGACCUAUUGACCACCACCAUCCCUGAGAGCAUUUUCACCUCCUCUGAGACCACCACGGCCAUCUCUGGGACCACCAGUGACCAAUGGACCUCCACCACUCUUGAGACUGUUUCUACCACCCCUGAGACCACCACAACUAUCUCUGAGACCACCAAUCCCGAGACCACCAGUGACGCAUGGGCCACCACCAGCGACCAAUGGAUCACCACCAGUCCUGAGACCAUUUCCACCACCCCUGAGACCACUCCCACCAUCCCUGAGAGCAUUUUCACCCUCUCUGAGACCACCACGGCCCUCCCUGAGACCACCAGUGACCAAUGGACCUCCACCAGUCUUGAGACUGUUUCUACCACCCCUGAGACCACCACAUCCAUCCCUGAGACCACCAAUCCUGAGACCACCAGUGACCAAUGGACUUCCACCAGUCUUGAGACUGUUUCUACCACCCCUGAGACCACCACAUCCGUCCCUGAGACCACCAAUCCUGAGACCACCAGUGACCCAUGGACUUCCACCAUUCCUGAGACCAUUUCCACCAUCCCUGAGACCACCACAACCACCCUUGAGAGCAUUUUCACCUCCUCUGAGACCACCAUGGCCAUCUCUGAGACCACCGGUGACCAAUGGACCUCCACCAGUCUUGAGACUGUUUCUACCACCCCUGAGACCACCAGUGAUGCAUGGGCCACCACCAGCCUUGAGAUCAUUUCCACCCCCCCUGACACCACCACGACCACCCCUGAGACCACCGGUCCUCUGGCCACCAGUGACCCAUGGACUUCCACCAGUCUUGAGGCUGUUUCCACCAUCCCUGAGAUCACCACGGCCAUCUCUGUGUCCACCAGUCCUGAGACCACCAGUGAUUCUUGGACCACCACCAAUGACCAAUGGAUCACCACCAGUCCUGAGACCAUUUCCACCAUCCCUGAGACCACCACCACCACCCCUGAGAGCAUUUUCACCUCCUCUGAGGCCAUGGCCAUCUCUGAGACCACCAGUGACCAAUGGACCUCCACCAGUCUAGAAACCAUUUCCACCACCCCUGAGACCACCACAGCCAUCCCUGAGACCACCAGUGAUGCAUGGGCCACCACCAGCCUUGAGAUCAUUUCCACCCCCCCUGACACCACCAUGACCAUCCCUGAGACCUCCAUGACCACCCCUGAGACCACCAGUCCUCUGGCCACCAGUGAUUCUUGGAUCACCACCAGCGACCAAUGGAUCACCACCAGUCUUGGGACCAUUUCCACCAGCCCUGAGACCGCCACCACCAUCCCUGGCACCACCAUGACAAUCCCUGAGACCACCAGUGACCCAUGGGCUUCCACCACUCUUGACACUGUUUCUACCACCCCUGACACCACCACCGUCCCUGAGACCACCAAUCCUGAGACCACCACGACCAUCCCUGAGACCACCACAACCAUCUCUGAGACCACCAGUCCUGAGACCACCAGAGACCCCUGGAUCACCUCCAGCCUUGAGACCAUUUCUACUGGUCCUGAGACCACCACCACCAUCCCUGGCACCACCAUGACCAUCUCUGAGACCACCAGUGACCUAUUGACCACCACCAUCCCUGAGAGCAUUUUCACCUCCUCUGAGACCACCACGGCCAGCUCUGGGCCCACCAGUGACCAAUGGACCUCCACGAGUCUUGAGACUGUUUCUACCACCCCUGAGACCACCGGUACUGAGACCACCAGUGACGCAAGGGCCACCACCAGCGACCAAUGGAUCUCCACCAGCGCUGAGUCCACUACCACCAUCCCUGAGACCACCACGGCCAUCUCUGAGUCCACCAGUCCUGAGACCACCAGUGAUUCUUGGACCACCACCAAUGACCAAUGGAUCUCCACCAAUCCUGAGACCAUUUCCACCAUCCCUGAGACCACCACGACCACCCUUGAGAGCAUUUUCACCUCCUCUGAGAACACCAUGGCCAUCUCUGAGACCACCAGUGACCAAUGGACCUCCACCAGUCUAGAAACCAUUUCCACCACCCCUGAGACCACCACAGCCAUCCCUGAGACCACCAGUGAUGCAUGGGCCACCACCAGCCUUGAGAUCAUUUCCACCCCCCCUGACACCACCAUGACCAUCCCUGAGACCUCCAUGACCACCCCUCAGACCACCAGUCCUCUGGCCACCAGUGAUUCUUGGACCACCACCAGCGACCAAUGGAUCACCACCAGUCUUGGGACCACUUCCACCAUCCCUGAGACCGCCACAACCAACUCUGAGACCACCAGUCCUGAGACCACCAGUGAUUCUUGGAUCACCACCAGUCUUGGGACCAUUUCCACCAGCCCUGAGACCACCACCACCACCCCUGGCACCACCAUGACCAUCCCUGAGACCACCAGUGACCUAUUGACCACCACCAUCCCUGAGAGCAUUUUCACCUCCUCUGAGACCACCGCGGCCCUCCCUGAGACCACCAGUGACCAAUGGACCUCCACCAGUCUUGAGACUGUUUCUACCACCCCUGAGACCACCACAACUAUCUCUGAGACCACCAAUCCCGAGACCACCAGUGACGCAUGGGCCACCACCAGCGACCAAUGGAUCACCACCAGUCCUGAGACCAUUUCCACCACCCCUGAGACCACUCCAACCAUCCCUGAGAGCAUUUUCACCCUCUCUGAGACCACCACGGCCCUCCCUGAGACCACCAGUGACCAAUGGACCUCCACCAGUCUUGAGACUGUUUCUACCACCCCUGAGACCACCACAUCCAUCCCUGAGACCACCAAUCCUGAGACCACCAGUGACCCAUGGACUUCCACCAGUCUUGAGGCUGUUUCCACCAUCCCUGAGAUCAACACGGCCAUCUCUGAGUCCACCAGUCCUGAGACCACCAGUGACCCAUGGACUUCCACGAGUCCUGAGACCAUUUCCACCACCCCUGAGACCACCACAACCACCCUUGAGAGCAUUUUCACCUCCUCUGAGACCACCAUGGCCAUCUCUGAGACCACCGGUGACCAAUGGACCUCCACCAGUCUUGAGACUGUUUCUACCACCCCUGAGACCACCAGUGAUGCAUGGUCCACCACCAGCCUUGAGAUCAUUUCCACCCCCCCUGACACCACCAUGACCACCCCUGAGACCACCACGACCACCCCUGAGACCACCGGUCCUCUGGCCACCAGUGACCCAUGGACUUCCACCAGUCUUGAGGCUGUUUCCACCAUCCCUGAGAUCAACACGGCCAUCUCUGAGUCCACCAGUCCUGAGACCACCAGUGAUUCUUGGACCACCACCAAUGACCAAUGGAUCACCGCUAGUCCUGAGACCAUUUCCACCACCCCUGAGACCACUCCCACCAUCCCUGAGAGCAUUUUCACCUCCUCUGAGACCACCACGGCCCUCCCUGAGACCACCAGUGACCAAUGGACCUCCACGAGUCUUGAGACUGUUUCUACCACCCCUGAGACCACCACAUCCAUCCCUGAGACCACCAAUCCUGAGACCACCAGUGACGCAUGGGCCACCACCAGUGACCAAUGGACCUCCACCAGUCUAGAAACCAUUUCCACCACCCCUGAGACCACCACGGCCCUCCCUGAGACCACCAGUCCUGAGACCACCAGUGACGCAUGGGCCACCACCAGCCUUGAAACCAUUUCCACCAUUCCUGAGACCACCACAACCACCCCUGAGACCACCAGAACCAUCUCUGAGACCACCAGUCCUGAGACCACUAGUGACCCAUGGGCCACCAGCACUCCUGAGACCAUUUCCACCAUCUCCGACACCACCACGGCCACCCCUGAGACCACCACUCCUGAGACCACCAGUGACGCAUGGACAAUGACCAGUCUGGAGAUCAUUUCUACCACCAUCCCUGACACCACCACAACCAUCUCUGAGACCAUCAGUCCUGAGACCACCAGUGACACAUGGACCACCACCAGCCCUGAGACCAUUUCUACCACCUCUGACACCAUGGCCACCAUCCCUGGCACCACCAUGACCAUCCCUGAGACCACCAGUGACCAAUGGUCUUCCACCAGUCUUGAGACUGUUUCUACCACCCCUGAGACCACCACCGUCCCUGAGACCACCAGUCUAGACUCCACCAGUGACCAAUGGACCACCACCAGUGCUGAGACCAUUUCCACCACCCCUGAGUCCACCCCCACCAUCCCUGAGAGCAUUUUCACCUCCUCUGAGACCACCACGGCCAUCUCAGAGACCACCGGUGACCAAUGGACCUCCACAAGUCUUGAGACUGUUUCUACCACCCCUGAGACCACCUCGACCACCACCCCCGAGACCACCACCACCAUCCAUGAGACCACCAGUCCUGAGACCACCAGUGGUGCAUGGGCCACCACCAGCCUUGAGAUCAUUUCCACCCCCCCUGACACCACCAUGACCACUCCUGAGACCUCCAUGACCACCUCUGAGACCACCAGUCCUGAGACCACCAGUGAUUCUUGGACCACCACCAGCGACCAAUGGAUCACCACCAGUCUUGGGACCAUUUCCACCAUCCCUGAGCCCACCACAGCCAUCCCUGAGACCACCAGAACCAUCCAUGAGACCACCAGUCCUGAGACCACCAGUGACCCAUGGGCCACCAGCACUCCUGAGACCAUUUCCACCAUCCCCGACACCACCACGGCCACCCCUGAGACCACCACUCCUGAGACCACCAGUGACGCAUGGACCACCAUCAGUGCUGAGACCAUUUCUACCACCACUGACACCACCACCAACACCCCUGAGACCACCACAGCUAUCCCUGAGACCACCAUGACCUUCCUGGGGGCCACCAGUCUUGAGAUGUCCACCACCCUCCCUGAGACCACCCCCACCAUCCCUGGGACCACCACCUACCCUGAGACCACCACCUCAACACCUGGGACAAACACUGAUCCUGAGACAACAGCUUUCCCUGAGACCACCACGACUUUCCCUGAGACCACCAGUCCUGAGAUCACCACCAUCUUCCCUAAGACCACCACAACCCCUGGUGGCACCACCACGACCACCCCGGAAACCGCUGAUCCUGAGACCACCACUUCCCUCCCUGAGACCACCACGACCCCUGAGACCACCAUGACAUUCCCUGGAACUACCAGUUCUGAGACCACCACCCCCUCUGAGACCACCACCACCUUCCCUGGGACAAUCACCACCUUCCCAGAGACCGCUGUGACCCCUGGCACCACCACGACAUUCCCUGAAACCACCGGUUCUGAGACCACCACCCUCACUGGGACCACCACCACCUUCCCUGGGACCACCACCACCUUCUCUGAGACCACAACCAGAACACCUGGGACAACCACCAGCCCCGAGACAACAGCAUUCCCUGAGACCACCACGACCCCUGACACCACCAUGGCAUUCCCGGAGACCACCAGCUCUGAGACCACCAGCUUCCCAGAGACCACCGUGACCCCUGGAACCACCACGACAUUCCCUGAAACCACCAGCCCUGAGACCACCACAAUCCUAGAGACCACCACCUCAACAUCUGGGACAAACACCAGCCCUGAGACAACAGCGUUCCCUCAGACCACCACGACCCCUGAGACCAUCAAUCCUGAGACCACCACCACAAUCCCAGAGACCACCACAACCCCUGGGACCACCACCACGACCACCCCGGAAACCGCUGAACCUGAGACCACCACCCUCCCUGGGACCACCGCUUCCCUCCCUGAGACCACCACGACCCCUGAGACCACCACGACAUUCCCUGAGACCACCAAUCCUGAGAUCACCCCCCUCCCUGAGAUCACUGCUUCCCUCCCUGAGACCACCACCCUCCCUGGGACCACCACCAGAACACCUGGGACAAACACCAGCCCUGAGACAACAGCGUUCCCUGAGACCACCACGACAUUCCCAGAAACCACUGGCCCUGAGACCACCACCCCCUCUGAGACCACCACCCCCUUCCUUGAGAUCAUCACCACCAUCCCUGAGACCACCAUCCUCCCUGAGACAACAGUGUUCCCUGAGACCACCGUGACCCCUGGAACCACCAAGACAUUCCCUGAAACCACCAGUUUUGAGAUUACCACAGUCCCAGAGACCACCAACUCAACACCUGGGACAAACACCAGCCCUGAGACAACAGCGUUCCCUCAGACCACCACGACCCCUGAGACCACCAAUCCUGAGAUCACCCCCCUCCCUGAGAUCACCGCUUCCCUCCCUGAGACCACCACCCACCCCGGGGCCACCACCACCUUCCCUGAGACCACCACCAGAACACCUGGGACAAACACCAGCCCUGAGACAACAGCGUUCCCUGAGACCAACACCAGCCCUGAGACCACCAUGGCAUUCCCUGGGACCACCAGCCCUGAGACCACCGCCACCGUCCCAGAGACCACCACAAUCCCAGAGAUCACCACCACUUUCUCUGAGACCAGCUCCACCUUCCCUGGCACCACCACCUCAACACCUGGGACAAACACCAGCCCUGAGACAACAGCGUUCCCUGAGACCACCACCACCCCUGAGACCACCAUGACCCCUGAGACCACCAUGACAUUCCCUUGGACCACCAGCCCUGAGACCACCACCACCUUCCCAGAGAUGGCCAUGACCCCUGAGACCACCAUGGCAUUACCUGGAACCACCAGUUCUGAGACCACCACCCCCUCAGAGACCACCACCACCAUCCCAGAGACCACUGUGACCUCUGGCACCACCACGACGUUCCCUGAAACCACCAGUUCUGAGACCACCACCCUCACUGAGACCACCACCACCUUCCCUGAGAUCACCACGACCAUCCCAGAGACCACCGUGACCCCUGAGACCACCACGACAUUCCCUGAAGCCUCCCUCCCUGAGACCAUCACCCUCACUGAGACCACCACCACCUUCCCUGGGACCACCACCUCAACACCUGGGACAAACACCAGCCCAAAGACAUCAACGUUCCCUGAGACCACCACGACCCCUGAGACCACCACGACAUUUCUUGGGACCACCAGUCCUGUGCCCAUCGCCCCUUCUGAGACCACCACCACCUUCCCUGAGACCACCACCAAUCCGGAGACCACUUCUACCAGCCCUGGCACCACCACAUUCCCUGACACCACCACCAUCAUCUCUGAGACCACCAUCACUGCCCCUCCUGGGAACAACACCACCACACCUGGGACCACCACACCUGGGACCACCACCACACCUGGGACCAACACCCCCACACCUGGGACCAACACCACCACACCUGGGACAAACACCACCACACCUGGGACCAACACCACACCUGGCACCACACCUGUGACCACCAUCACACCUGGGACCAACACCACCACACCUGGGACCACCACCACACCUGGGACCAACCACCACCAUCACCACCACCACCACCAUGUCCACCCCUCCCCACUCCACCACCACCCCAGGUACUUCCCACCCCUCCUUCCCCCCUGGCCCAUUUCCGUGUCCCUUCCGGUUCCUCCUCCAUCCCCUCUCCUUCCAGGCACCUGCAACAACGGCGGCACCUGGGUCAACGGCCACUGCCGGUGUCCCCUCGGCUUCACUGGGGACAGGUGUGAUGACAUCAGCGACACCAUCGAAACCAAGGCCGAGACCAACGGGACGGUGCAGGUGGUGCUGCGUGUCACCAACCGGGAAUUCACCGAGGACCUCAACAACAGCAACUCAGACACCUACAGGAAGUUUGUCCAGGACUUCACCGAGCAGAUGGGCGUGGUCUACUCCAGCAUCGAGGGGUACAAGGGCAUCAAGGUGAACAGACUCAGCCCUGGCAGCGUGAAGGUGGAUCACGUCGUCAUCGUGACCCUGAGGGUGACCUCCCAGAGCCAGGAGGAACUCCAGAACAUCACGGCCAAAGUGCAGGAGAAGAUCGAGGCGGCGGCACCGCAAUUCAACUGCACCAAGGGUGACCUGUGCUUCAACUCCUCCGAGGUGGUGAUCAACAGCACCACGCUGGAAUUCGAUGGAGACGCCUACUGCUGGAGCCAAGUGCCCGAGGGCUACCGGGAAUUCUUCUUCCCCAACCUGACGAGCUCCGGGUUGUCCUGCACGUCCAACUGCACGCCGGGCACCGCCAGCACCAUCGACUGCAACCGUGGGACAUGCCACAUCACCCGCGGAGGUCCUCAGUGCUUCUGUGACGAGACCCACCUGUACUGGUACCAAGACGACCGCUGCGCAUCACGGGUCAGCAAACUGGCCAUGGGCCUGGGCUUGGCCGUGGCCAUCCUGGUUGUCGUGGUCAUCGUCCUCUCCGUCUUCCUCUUCCGCGCUCGGAGAUCCGGGUCCUUUGACAGGGCCGAGCAGAAGAUGAUGGAGAAUUGGUACCAGAACAUCAGCGAGGAGUGGAGCCCCCAGGGAAGCUUCACCUUCCGGAACCAAGGUCCCCAGCUCGAGGACGACCAUCCAGUCAACCUCGAGGCUGUGGACACGUCGGCGCCGAUCCAAAUCCCGCGGCCGCAGAAGUUCAUCACGAAGCUCUGA